UUCGUACCAGUAAUGCGCUAGAUCCAUUUCGUUACAUUAUAUUUAUGUCGUUCCCAGCUUCAUUAUUUGAUGGAUUUUUAAUAGUUUUAUAAUAGACAUAAGAACCUAUAUGUACAAGUAUAUUUUAUUGCAAUGCCAGGAGUUCUGUCACUUACAUAUUAGGUAGGUGGACAGUUCCAUGCUAGCAGCCCGAACUAACAAAUUGAGAUUGGAAACUUAGCGCAUGUUAUCAUAUAGGUAGGUGCAAGUACACCUAGACAGAGGUGUAAACCCAUGUUCGCAUUGAAACUGAGGUGACGGUGUCGCGUUAUAUUUUCUUCCAACACUAUGGAUAUACAGAGAUUAAUUGUAUUUUUUUCUUCAAAUGUUGUAUUUGGCUUGAUAUUUUAACCAGGUUGAUGUGAUCCCGGUCAUGAACACGCGGCCAGCUACAUCCGUCCUUUACAUAGGGAGCGGGGUUUAAGCUAAAUUUAAUAUUUGAAGAAAGAAUCACGUUAGUCACCGUAAAAUAUCAGUGUUGGAAGAUAGUCAGACAUUACAUUCAAGAAUAGACCAUAAUAAUUGUCAUAGUAAGUAUUCUAGGUUACUGUUUUCAAGCUUUCCGUUAAGGAGUCAGUAGUUUUAAAAGCAUGGUUUGCAUUAUAUUCUUUAUCGUUUAUGAAUGUGUAUGAUUAGUUCUAAGGAAGGUGAUAUAAGGGUGUGGUAGACUUGACAAUAACUUUGUUAUUGCUUAGCCAAUUAGCCAAUAAACUUGCAACCCUAUAGAAGUAUUCUAUAGUAAGUAACCUUCAUAAAAUGUAUGAACUGUGUGUUGUCAAUGCAUGAGUGUACUAACAUUAUUCCUAUUUGCAUGAUAGUUAUAAGGAAGUGUGACACGAGAUAACCUAAUACCUACAAGAGAAGGAAAGAAUAAUUAACACUAAUGCUAUUACUACGACGUGUAAUUUCUCUGUAUGAUUGCACAGCCAUAAAUGUAAGAAAAUAAGGAAAAGAGAGACUGUUUAAUAAUAAACAAAUUCAUGCAGUUGAGUGGCCGUGGUGUGGCACUCCCUGGUCAGUUUGCAUGUACGUAUUCGGUUUUAUAUGCACAAACAACAUGGAGAUUUUGUGAUGCAGUUGUCUCGUGUCAACAUGCUCCUUGAUCUAUGUAAAUAUAUUUGUGUUGAAUAUUAAUCCUCUCCAAGCCAGUCCUAUUUUUACCUGAAACCCGUCAGUUUGGAGGUAGUUCUCAUUGUACACGCCUGUUUGGUUACGGACAAGCUAAAAUUAUGGAUUCUGAUCAGCCGGUGCAGAAAAGUGGUGGUACGAUAGCCGUGCUGCAGAAUAUCCCACUUCACACCAAGAUCAACGUGAACAAAGUGGGCAAGGCAAUGACUGUCAACAGCAAGACCAAUUUCCCACGCUCCUCGGUAGCCUCAGCUGCCCUUUCUACAGUGCUCACUCCUGGCAAGUCCCUGCUCAAAGACAAAGAGAAGAAGUCAUCGGGUCAGUUCUCACAGCCAUUCGUUGACGAUAAGAUGGCUGGAGAUGAUGACAUCAACGAUGUGGCUGCCAUGGGUGGAGUCAACUUGGCUGAAGAGUCACAGCGCAUUCUCGGCUCCACGGAGAUGAUUGGUACACAAAUAAGGUCAUGCAAAGAGGAGUACCUGGUGCCAACGAGUUUGAUGCAGGCUCGCAUUAAGACAAUUACAUCGAAACAUAAUAUGGAGGACUCUCCCCCGGAGGUGGCUAACCUAAUAAGUCACGCAGUGCAAGAACGACUGAAGACACUCGUGGAAAAGCUGUCGACGGUCGCACAGCACAGAAUAGAUUUGUUGAUAAAGUCGGAUAACCGCUAUGAAAUAACACAAGACGUCAAGAGUCAGCUCAAGUUCUUAGAAGAAUUAGACCGCGUAGACAAGAAGCGGCGAGAGGAUUCUGAGAGGGAGAUGCUUAUGCGAGCUGCCAAAUCUAGAUCCAAAAACGAAGACCCGGAACAGGCCAAACUGAAGGCUAAAGCAAAAGAGAUGCAGCGGGCCGAGCUGGAGGAACUACGGCAAAGAGAGGCCAAUCUGACGGCGUUGCAAGCCAUCGGGCCCAGGAAGAAGGCUAGGCUCGAUCUGCCCGGUGGCUCUGGUGAUUCCAUGUCUAAUGGUGCUGGACACACUGCUUCCCCAGGAAUUGCCGGCCGCAGUCAACUAGCGCUCCGCACGCGUCUGAAGCGCAUCAACAUGCGCGACAUGAUCUUCUUGCUGGAACAGGAACGGGAGACCAGCCGCUCCGUCAUGCUAUACAAAUGCUACCUCAAGUAAACAUGUGCUUCACUCAUCCUGAAUGUGAUUACUGUUGUUUGUGUUCGACGCUGUACACGAAUUAUUUCUUUUUACCAAAUAAAUAUCGAGUUGUUGGGCAAACGUGUAGAGUAAGGGUUGUGAACGUGGCGGGACCGCGAGACUCGUAUACCUCGAAUACCGAAACAUGUCCAGGGUUAAACUUGUUAUUUACUGGUAGAUUGUUAAUAAUGGAUUUUAAAGAAAUAUUGUUGCCUGCCAACAGUUCACAUUUACCCUACAUGUGUGCCCUGUGUGUAGCAGUUGUAAAAUGUUAAGUUUUAUCUGUAGAUACUAGAAUUACUGUAGAAAUUGGUGCUCACUUUAUUUUGUUUUUAAGCUAAAUGUUUUUUUUUUUAAUCAGACUGCUGUUUCAAAGGAAAGUUUUAUUAUUAGAUCUAGUUAAUUCACGCGGAAAUAAUUUGGUAGCAAACAAUUAUUUUAAUGUACAUUUGUAAUUCUAUAUGGAUAAUUAUUUAAUACAAUUUCUAUUAUAAGUAUCACUGCUGAUUUCAACCGAUAUAAAAAAGGAUAAAUUGUAAUCUCUUGUUUCAUGUUAGUCUAUUAAAUGAUAUAUUCUGCACAGUUACAGUUAAUAAGUAGUUUUUUCACAUAAGUAGACACAAUUUUACAACAGUUUUACAAUUUGGAUAUACAUGUAUUGUAUGUUCCUGAUUGCUUAAAUGUAUUAGGGUUGUUUUUUGGUGUGCUAACCUUGUUACCAAUGUAAUGUUUUCAUGAAGUUUCACGUAAAGGCUCGCUGCACAUUAGUAGUUGUUUUGACAACCACGUCUGAGUUGACGCAUACACUGUAGUAACAAUUUGUUAUCGGUCAGUUGUACUUAAAUGAAGUUUGACACAUCAUGUUUACAAGAUGUUAUUCAUGGUGUUCAAAAGCUAACAAAGUACUAUAACAGUAUAGAAUUCAAGCCAUUUUAGGUAAUAAUUACCUACUUGAAUUUGGACUUGUUUCUAUCGACUAUGUGUUCUAUCUUCUCUUGUUAUAUUAAAGGUUUUCUCUACAUAUCACAUGAUUGUCUGUUCCAUCAUUCAUUCACUGCCAAGCGUACUUCCAGAAAGACUGGGGUGUCGCUAUAUGAACAAGAGUUAAAACUUAAAUAUUUUAAUCAAUUAGAUAAUUAGAGUUGUUUAUAUUUGAAUAGUAAAAAUAAGUUAACACAUUCCCAUAUUACACAUAUAGAGUUGUAUAGCAAAUAUUUUUAUUUAUUAGUUACAAUUAAAAUAAAUGUACAUAUUAUUAUGUAUCUCUAUAUUGAUAAUUUUAAGAUUAGGAUUGUAAAAAUUAUUUAACUAUCUGAUGUGAUAGUCAGCCCUAAACUAACAUACUAACGAUUUAUAGUCCCUUGGACUGUUUCUACGAGAACUAUUGACAAAUCGUACAAACUGUGAUAUUGCAAUGACUUACUAAAUGAAGAUAACAAUUUACUAACUUUUAUCUACAAUUCUUUUCUACCAAUCAACUAUUACACUUCUUUGUGAAUAUUUUAUACCUUGUUACUCUUAUGUAGUGCUUAAAGAGCUUAGAGAGCCCCUCUGCUUCUUGUUUUACCUGUACUGGCAGCUGAAAAGAAAUUUAGUUCAGCGCUUUAGUCUAAUUAUUAAUAUGUAUUACCUUUAUACAUUAGUUUGUCCCUAUUUCGCGAACAACAUAUUAAGUUGUGAAUGAUUAUUAUUAUUCAAUAAUUAUAGAUUUAUAUUUAAGCAAUCGCAGAUCUAAUUAUAUUUAAGAUUGCUGAGUAACAAUCACGUUGAAUUGACCUUGAUUAAUUUAAUUUCUUCACAUAUUGUUAUAUACCUAAUUGUCAAUGAUCGUUGCUUCUUAUUGUGCUGGUUACACGUUAGCAUAGUACUGAAAUAGCUGUACAUAAUUAGUUAAGUAUUAUAUUAAGUAGCAUAAUGAAAUUGGCUCCGAUUCUGUUACAUACUCGCUAAACACUGAGAAUUGUUCAUUGUUCAAGUUUUUUCUAGUUAGUUGUAUUACAUGUGUCGUUGAAUAACAUAAUCCAGUUAUUAAAUCAUUAAAUAAGGUUAUUUAUUUGAAACAUAAUUAUAGUAUUUACUAGUGUUGCCAUUUAGCCGAUUUUACAGCCCCAUAUCAAGAAGUUAAUCGGAUCGGCGCCAAUAUACUUGUGCAAUAAUAAAUUAUUAUAAUAUAGGCAAACAGCAUAUGCAAAUAAUAUUUGUGUAUGAUUUUUGCUCAUGUAAUAUUUUAAAAAUUAUUAAGCAACAUUUCAUGUGUUUUAAUUAAUAAAUCGCAUUGUGUGAAAAUUAAUAUUGUGAUUUAGAAGAUUCUAUUUUAACAGUAAUGUAUGUAAUGUCCACUGCAAUGUAGUUCAAUAUAAUGCGAUUGAAUAAACAGAUAGUGUAAAUAUAGUGUUAUAUAUUCAAUGUGAAGUUAUAAACUGUUGCUGAUCAUGUUAUACUAACCGCCAUACUUGUCUAAAUAGAAACAAUUUUAGAAUACUUUUUUAUAUAAAUUAAUUAUCAUGAUUGUAAAGUUUUAAUGUUAGCUGUUUUGAUAAUGUAGCUUGUAAUUUUAUCGAUUAUCUUAUAUCUGUUAAUGUUACUAAAUAAUGUUUUUCAUACAUUUGGGUUCUUCAAGAACAGAGCUUUGCUUAUGUGUGAGGAUGAACGCUGUGUGUUUAAGAAGGUGCAUACAGACUUAUCCUCCCACAAAUGUUGAGCUCUACAAUCAUCAGCCGCCGUAUUUCUGUUGUCACCCAGUACAUUUUUACUUGUUUAUUAGGUGAUAAAAAUUGUAACAAGGAAUACCAACAGAUGUAACAACCUGUAGAUAACAAUGACAACCUAUAAAAGAAACAUUUUUUAUUUAUAGUUAUUGUUAAUUAUUUAUUUAUGAAAGAUUAUAAUUAUAACAAUAGUAAAAUAUGUGUUAGUAUGACAUAACUUUUAUCGUGUGGUUUUGGAUUGGAAUUUAGCACCACCAGUAUUUUUUGUAAAAAUGUAGUUAAUUGUCUAUAGUCUAUGUGUAAUAAAAAAAUAGAAUGCUUUAA